UCUUGCUCGUCGUUCGGAAUAAUUGCAGCUUUUCAGCUAUUCCUUAGUCCUUGCACACCUCCGUAUGUGGUAUCAAUGAGGACAAAGUGCUUAAAUCCUGGAUCAUCUCAAACCGAAGAGAUCGAUUUCUUCGUGGUGAUGGCCAUCUUGCUGGACGCCUCGAUGUAUUUCCACGUCGGACCGGUAGCUGCACUGAUGAUUGCAAGUUUUCUAAUGGGGUUCGGAGCUUGUCUUCAGGAAUAUCUUACCGUCAUUUCGGAAUCACUAACCGGUAAAUCAAACGUAUGGGCUACACGGCGUCAAAGGGAAUUCCAAGCCCUGAAAUCAUUCCGUAUUUACCCCCAAAUUCAAAUCCUGGUCGCCAUGAUGAACACCAUGUUCCGGAAUUUCUUUAUUCCAGCCGUCUUCGUGAUAGCGUCGAAUGGGAUCGUUUUCUGUCUUUUCGUCAUCAUUCGAAUGCAUGGGACAAUCUCGAUCGCCGGCCUCUCCUACUUUGUCAUGCUCUUGGGCGACUUUCUCCUCACCGUGGGCGUGGACCUCGCCUCGGUGGGCGACGUGUAUAAAAAGUCGGUCAAAGUAACGGAAAAGUGGAGGAAGAUGGAACAUCAUAAAGGAAGACGAGACGGAACAACGGGUCGGAUUGCGAUAUCACUGCCACCAUUGAAGAUACGAUUCGGAAAUAAUUUUGUGGAUCACUUAACCUCACUGACCGUGUUGGAUCAUUGCCUUAAUUUGACGGUUUCACUCUUACUGAUGACUUAGAUGUUGAUGAGGCUGCAUGUAAAUUUACAUGUAAGAAGUUUAAAUUUACAUAUUUACUGAUAAAAUUAGAUAUACAUAUGUAAUUUAGAUUCGAUAAUUCAAAUAUGUGAGUAUGAAUUUAUACAAAAAUAUGUACAUAUGUAAAUAUUACAUAAUUGUACAUAUGUGUAUAUCAGUUAA